AUGCCUAAGGAGACGCGCAUCAUCACCCGUGACAAUAUCGAACGCGCACUAAAGAAGCAUGACAAUGAAAUUACGCGGCUCUUCCGGAAACUUAUGGGCACAGCGAAUAAUCCACAAAGCCAAAAGGUCAAGAAUUACAAGACUGCGACUGACAAGAGCAGAGUCACGAUGGUGGCGCUUCAACACAAGUUCGGACGUAACGUAAACGACAUCCCAAGCUUGGAAAACAAGUGGACAAAACCGGAAAACAAGAGCAAAACGGAAGCAUUACAAAGCCUAGUCAAUAUCGUGAACGACAACGAUACUUUGAGGACUCUACUGACCAACUCAUUGAAAGUUGCGCGCAACCGUGCUGUGGACUAUUACCAACCAGUCGCGACACAAAGAACGGAUACUGGUAGCACCUGCAUCAAAGAAAGCGAGCUGGAAGAUGACAGCAGUGCCGAAAACAUUGUUGAGAAGGUCAUGCAGGCCAAGGGCAGCCUCAUGGCCCUCCCAUGCCCAGAUGUAGGUGGUUUUCUGGAGGACGAGAUUCGGGCCAAGGAAGAAAAGCUAGCCCAGACUCAUAUAGCCACCGAGCUUCCUCUCUACAGUGUAUUGCCACCAGGAUAUUUGUGUGGAGCAAACUUUACUUUGGAGACUCACGAUACGUACGCCACCGUUCUUAGGGGUGAGGUGGUAUGGAUCUUCUGGCCUCGCACGGCUCAAAACCUCCGCGUAAUGGAACAAGCAUACCAGAAAAUAAUAGACGGUACACCAGAGGAGCCUGAGGCGCUAGCAAAUCAACUCAAUGACGGUGUAAUCUUUGGCCAACCAGCUGGGAGAUGCUUGCGCCUGCCGCCCUUAUGCAUCUUUAUGUGUGUAGCGACGGAGUUCACUGUCCUCUCCAGAUAUCAACUGAUGUCGGCUUCGUACAUUGUCGAUUCGCUGGACGUGCCGGCAGGAUUCUAUCGCUCAUGUUUGGGAACGCAUGGGUAUGUAAGAGCUGAGCAGUUGUUCCGUGGGCACAGCGAAAGCCGACGAGAAAUGAUCGAACGCAUUCUCAAAUGCGAAUUUGAAACUUACGAGCCACAUGAGUGGGCCGAACACACGGAGAUUGCGGGCCCAAUAAACGAUCUGAUGCGGAAGUGGGAUGAGGUGAAGGGUAAUGUCGCAAAGCUGCUGACCCUCAAGGAUGCAGCACAACUUCGACAUAGUUGGAUCGGGUUGUUGAAAGUAUUUAGGAGUGACCAGUGCGCAAUUUGCGGUGCUUCUGGGAAGCAUUUCUCGGAUGUAGGUCUACAUUUUGACACGGCUCACGGGUUCCAUGGCGACCAUGCUGCGCUUGCUUUGCCUGAUUUGCCUGCGUACAGAGUGUUGGGUGAUGGGCAGUCUCAAGACCCCGUAGGAGAUGCCUUGGAUGACGCGAAUGAGACUCCAGGUGGCGAUGAUGGGGGUUAUGAGUAUGAGACGGAGGAUGUCAUCCACAGGUACUGA